UUUCUUCAUUAUUGCGGGCGUUCAUUGGCUGCUGAUGGAACCUUUUUACUUCUAGUAAACUUCGAUCUUAAGGGGAAACAACAAGGUAAUUGGCUUGGUUCCUGGCUUUGAACAAACUCUGACUCCUCCUUCAGCCAAUCGAAAAUAGAAAAGUGUAAGUUGCUUUAGUUUCAGGUUCGUCUUGUUUCUUUACACCAAAAGCAAGACUUUUCAACUCCUAUUUGAUGAUUCGAAUGUAGAGAAAGGCAAAUGAAGAAGCUUUAGUGAUAUGAGUAUUGCCCUGAUGGAAAUUUGGAAUAGCAAGAAUGUUUCUGGAGCUAAGGAUACACUAGGAGUUAGUGAAUCUCUGAAAUUACACAAUGGUGAGAUCUUGGAGUCCUCUAACAAGCGUUAUCGAUUCUUGAGCGACCAUUCUUCUUCAUUCUUGGUAAUUCAAUUCGUGUAUUUGAAUCAUUCAGUCAAUAUCUGGGCUGCCAAUGAUUAUCUGGAUGCAUCAUCCAGACCUCGAAUUUCAACUAUAUCAAUGAAUGAAAGCGGGCGGCUAGAGGUUUAUGGCCACGGAAAUUCAGAUGCUGCAGUAUUCACUGUGAAUUCUAAACAGAAAGUUAUGAUCAGCAAGACUAGUGCAACUCUGCUUGAUAAUGGGAACUUAGUUCUGAGAUCAAGAUCUGGGCGUACUGUUUGGCAAAGCUUUGAUUAUACUGCUGAUGAUACAUUGCUAUCAUCUGGAAUGAAAUUUGGGAUUUCUCUGUUGAGCCAGAAAAGUACAACCUGCUGUAUGCAGGCUGCUGCUUCUGGCCCUUCACUUGCUCCUUCCCCUGGUUCCCCUUCAUUUCCUGUUGGCCCAUCCGGUGGAAGAAAGAAAUCGAAGAAUUCAAGGGUGAAGUUUUAUGUUAUUGGUGCUUGUGUGGGCGCUUUUCUAGCAGCUCUUGGAUUGCUUUUCUGGCGUUGUAAACUCCGAAAGAGAAUAUUAGGUUAUCGCCGGGAACACUAGGGUUCAGAAAGUCCAGAGCCUAAUGAUACAG